UAUUUAAUUGUUCAAUUAUGGAUGUGUUUGCUUUUAAUUGUCCAUUUAUGGCUGCCUUCGUUAGUUGGUGUAUGGAUAAUAAUUUGUGUUCACUUAAUUUUGGUGAUUUUAUCUUACGCACUUUCUAUAAUUGUUAUAGUGUUAUGGAAAAUAAGAAAGACAAAGCUUUAAGGUCAAGCAUCUCAAUGAGAGAUAUUAUCUAUGAACAAGAAGAGAAAAUUGGAUUAGUUCCUCGUCAAUUCCGAUUAAUAUCAACCGUGAAGAAAAGUAGAGGAUUGAAAGGUGGUUCUAUGAUUAAUAUCAUUGGUGAACUAGAGGAUACUGCAUCAAGCCCUUCUCAAACAUCUUUAGUAUCAUAUUCUAAUAAUGACCGACCAGUUUUAGCAUCAGCCCAAACUAAUGAUGAUGAUAGACCAACAACCAAAAGAAAAAGGGGUCCGACAAAGUGCCUUAAAACUCAUGGUUUAAGCUAUGAAGAUCGGCUGCCAAUAAGAUUAAAUAAGUAUGGUCAACCAAUUGGUUGUAAUCGAGCCAAGUUAAGCAGUCAUUUAGGGACUUUGGUUAGAAAUGCACAUCUUGCUCCAUUGACAUACACAAGUUGGCAUGGACUUAAAGAUAAUUCAAAAGAUUUGUGGGAAACUACCAUUGAAAAGUUUGACAUUGGAGCAAGAGCUAAAGGGUGGGUUUUCAAAAUCUUAGGUUCAUCUUGGAGGACAUAUAAAAGUCGAUUAAAAAAUCAAUAUUUUAAGGAAAACAUGCCACUAGUUUACAAUAUAAAGAAUUAUCCUUGUACUGUUUCACUUGAACAUUGGAAGAUUCUUGUUCAAUUUUAGAGCCUAGAUAUGAUUAGGGUGCCUUUUUGUAACAUUGGGUGAACAUGUUCUUUUUAACACACAAGCCAAGAGAUGGAAAACCAAUGAGUGAGGGAACAAGCAAAAUUUUUUCUGAGCUUGAGGAUGCCGUAGUUUCACAUCCUGAAAAAUUAGAAAACACAAAUCAAGAUGAUAUACUUUUCCAGGUAUUAAGAAAAGAUCAACCCGGUCGUGUCCGUACUUAUGGUAGAGGUGUUGUAGCUUCAAAUUUGUGGGGACCUAGAUUUCAAGUUGAUACGAAGAGGUUAAUUGAAGAAGUUAAAGAGAAUG